AGAGCAUUUACACAUUAUACAUAGCCUGACACUCUACAACAUCCAAAGUCAAAAAAUGAUUUGUGAACAGGCAUCUCAGACAUCAACAUUGCAGUUGCACUUGGGAUACAAUGAUUCUUAUCCAACAUCUCGUAAAGUCUGUGAGAAUGAAUCACAUCUGAAAAAAUGCGAUAAAUCAUUAAUACCAGAUAUGGAAUUUGAAGAUGCCACAGCUUGUGGAAUUUGUUCAAUGUAGGGAACUAUUAUUGACUGAC